CCUGGCUUAAAACUAACACUUAAUAGCGAUUUACCUGUUGGAUAUAGCAGCUACAGGAGUGUACGUGGACGGCUCAGGAACAGAGUGAAGGUAUCAUGGCUGUCCUGUUUACUGAACUACCCUCCUAGACUUCCCUGAUAAAAUAAAUAUACGUAUCUAAACAUCCCUGUAAGCCACACAAGCACAUGCACAUUUGACAUUCUCUGUGUGUGUGUGUGUGUGUGUGUGAGGGAUGACAACCUCCCAUUUGAAUGGUCAUGUUGCUGGAGAGGGAGGAGGAGGAGGAGAUGAAGAGCUGAAGGGAGGGCAGCAACACAGAGAAAUGGCUGUUGACUGUCCAGGAGAGCUUGGGGGUCGCACGCUCCCACUCCGAAGAUCUGCACAGCUGGAGAGGAUACGACAACACCAGGAGGACCUUCGACGUCGUAGGGAGGAGGAGGGUCGGCAGCUGGACCUGAACGCCUCUCUCAGACUGAGGAAGCUCUCCCAGAAUCCCCACAUUGGCAUUGACAACCCCACGUUCCUGCAAGACUCAUACAUAUCUCCACCGGCACUCAGCAGCCAGCACACACAUGCACUGCUGGAGCUGGAGGAGCUGCUGCUGUCACUGAAGCAGGUGCGGGGCUGCCUGUCUGACCAGCAGAGUCAGAAUGACAUAGAGCUGGUUCUUGCACUACUAAACAAGUCUGACUUCCAGUCAGCGCUGAAGAUUCAUAACGCCGUGGCCACCAACAUGCACCGCCCCUCCCCUCCAUACCCACACACACACCAUGCACUCCAGCUGGCCAUGGAGGUCAAGAAUCUCAUUCAGUCAAGUCAGAACAAAGAGGGACUCGAACUCCACAGCCUGCUGUCAGACACACACAUUCAGUCGUUGCUCCUAGCCCAUGACAGCAUAGCAGAGAGAGAAAUGCAGCCGGAGUCGCUGCCUGCCGAAGGAGAAACUUUUACCCAAUGGGGAGGAGAGACUGUCAAGAUAGUUCGCAUAGAGAAGGCCCAAGAUAUACCACUGGGAGCAACUGUUCGUAAUGAAAUGGACAGUGUUGUGAUCAGUCGUAUAGUUCGAGGUGGAGCCGCUGAACGGAGCGGCCUCUUAUCGGAAGGAGAUGAAAUCUUGGAAAUUAAUGGCAUAGAGAUCAGAGGGAAAGAUGUCAACCAGGUCUUUGACAUUCUUGCUGAUAUGCAUGGUCUGCUGACCUUUGUGCUGAUUCCCAGCAGUCAGAGCAAACCUCCUCCUGUCAAAGAGACUGUGAUCCAUGUGAAGGCGCAUUUUGACUACGACCCCUCAGAUGACCCCUAUGUGCCCUGCAGAGAGCUGGGCUUAUCUUUCCAGAAAGGAGAUAUUCUCCAUAUUAUCAGUCAGUCAGACCCCAACUGGUGGCAGGCUUACAGGGACGGAGAUGAGGAUAACCAGCCUCUAGCUGGACUGGUUCCAGGCAAGAGUUUCCAGCAGCAGAGAGAAGCCAUGAAACAAACCAUAGAAGAAGACAAGGGACCUGAGAAGCCUGGGAAGCUGUGGUGUGCAAAGAAGAACAAGAGGAAGAGAAAAAAGCUGCUGUACAACUCUCACAGGGGUGAUGAUCUUGAUAAUGAGGAGAUUCUCACCUAUGAGGAGAUGGCUCUGUACCACCAGCCAGCCAACAGGAAGCGGCCGAUUGCACUGAUUGGUCCACCCAGCUGCGGCCAGGCAGAACUUAGACAGAGACUGCUCAACAGCCAACCAGAGCGGUUUGCUGGAGCUGUCCCUCACCACAGACUGAGCCGUCGAGAAGGCGAGCUGAGUGGUCGAGACUACCACUUUGUGUCUCGUCAGACCUUUGAAGCAGAACUUGCAGCUGGGAAGCUGAUCGAGUCUGGCGAGUUUGAGAAGAAUCUGUAUGGGACAAGUACAGACUCAGUGAGACAGGUCAUCAACACUGGAAAAAUCUGUGUGCUCUGUCUGCACACACAGACUCUAAAGGUGCUGAGGAGCUCAGACUUGAAGCCUUACAUCAUCUUCAUAGCUCCUCCCUCACAGGAAAGGCUCCGAGCUCUACUGGCUAAAGACAACAAGAACCCCAAGCCAGAGGAGUUGCGGGACAUCAUAGAAAAAGCCCGAGAGAUGGAGCAGAGCUGCGGUCACCUGUUUGAUGCUGUCAUCGUCAACACAGACCAGGACAAAGCCUACAACGAACUGCUACGACUCAUCAACAAACUUGACACUGAGCCGCAAUGGGUGCCCUCCUCCUGGCUGCGCUGAAAGCAAGCACACACACCCAGUUAUGCGACAUUCAUACAAUAGGCACACAGCCCACGGAGUACACAUUUCAUCAGAUGUAAAAAAGUGAACCCACAGUGUGCUGUGGCAGGACUUUACGACAUAAUAUCAGGGUUGAUAAUGGGAAAAAUGUAUGUAAGUUUUUGAGAAUAAAGUUGUAAUAUUAUAAGAAUUAAGUUGAAAUGUUAUCAAUCAAAAGUAAAAAGUAUGACAAAGUUGUGAUUUUAUAAGAACACAUAAUAUUGCAAUAUUAUUGUCAUAAUACUGAGUGAUUAAGUAUCACAGUAUUACAGGGUCAUGUUGUAAUUUUCCAAGCAAAGGUCAUAAAAUAGUAAGUAUCACAAGUUAUAAUUUUAACAGAUCAAGUUGCAAUUUUACAAGGAACAAGUCCAGAUUUUACAAUAAUGAAAUAGUAAUUUUAGUAGGAAAAAGUGGCAAGUUUUAACAGGAUGAAAUCAUAACAGAGCUCUAAUUCCUCUAGGAUAAGUCAAUGUUUCAGUUGACGACGUUACAAGAAAAAGGUAGUUUGGAGGAUAAAGUGUCCUAUACUGUGAUUUGACUGGGCAGAUAAGUUGCAUGAUCAUGUUUUAAGUGCACUGUCACUUUCCUCUGACUGGUAACGGUAUCAGUGCUUGUGAGACUGACCUUUGUUAACAACAUCCCAGCAGAGCAUGAGGUUUCACUUGUGUGCACAGUGUGCUGCCGCUUCACGGCCGUCUCUGGAACCAUGAACCUGUUUGAUCUGUUUGCUCUUUGGCUCAGCAGUCUGGAGAUACCAGAAUCUAGCCCCAGCCUCCGUGCCUUCAUUUCAUUUCCCAGCAGUAAACCAGAUGAGAAAGUUUCUCUUCAAUUAUAACAUUUGUUUUAUCUUAAUAACCUUUUCUGGUGGUACCAUGGCUUAGUUUCUGACACUUUAUCAUGUUGACACUUUGUCGUUGUAAAACAAUGGCUUUAUUGUUGUAAUAAUUUUUCCAUAAAACUACAACUUUAUUGUUGAAAUAUUUUGACUGUAUUUCUGUAAUUCCAAAUUUAUUCUCACAACAUUACACUGUUCUCAAAAUCUUAGUUUUGUUUUUUUCUUCCCAUUGGCCCUAAAACACAGCUGUACUAACUGCUCUGUGAUGUUUUUAUGACACACUUCUCUGUCAUCCUCAGUUCUGGAUGAGACCAGAACAUGGACCUGGAAUACUGAAUUCUUGUCUGGUUGUUUGUUUGUUCUACUUCCUUUAUGAGCCGUUCUGUCUCAGACAUGCUGGGCCUCACUGCUGGGCAUCUUUUACUGUGAUCAUUUCAGCCAUUUCGUUUAAAAAUCUGUAUAAAUUAUGACGCUUAAAUAAUUUUAAAUUUGCAGUGGAGAGGAUCCACAUGAGCAUGAAAAUCACACAGAUAUUUAGUACAAAUUAAAAUCCACGUUGAGCUGCUGCAGUACUUGCUAUGAGGGAGACACACCUAUAUAUGUACACACACGACAACAGUGCGUUAGCCGCUUACUUUCCCCUAUGCUUGGGCGUCUGCACCUGCAGCCUUCUGGACCCUGACUGACUGACCUACAGACUGACUUACCGACUGGUUGAACUGCUGGUUUAUGACUGGCUUUGCUGUUAAAAUGCACACACUUGCUAUAGACACUAAAAUAAAUGACACAGCACUUGAUAUUUCUUUACUGGCUGGCUGCUUUACUUUCUGACUGACCACCUUGUCAGCUGUCUCUUUCUGUCCUGUCUGAUCACAUGUAAGUAGACCUCUGAGCCUGAGCCCUGGUGGGUGAGCGGCUGAAGCAAAGUUGUAGUUUUAUUCAUGUUCCUGAUUGGCACAUGAUGCUGAAUUUAUUAUAUAGUGUGUGCACCUGUGAAAGGAUGUGUGUGUGCACGCCUGUCUUGGAAGACAGUGAAGUAUUAUUGUGACCUAAAGUAGACCUGACACCAUAUCACUCUGUAGAGCGUUUAUAUAUUUUUAAUAUUGAAAAUACAUUUAUGAAGUGGAGAAUGCAGCGAUAGGAUUGCAGGAUUCACUUCCUUGCUUCCCUCCCAUUGGUCCGUGGGGUACAGGGGUGGGGGUUAAGUAAAUGACUGCAAAGUUAAUUGAUACCACUUCCUGUUUAUCAGACACCACUUCUUCCUGAGAAAAUCUGCUU